AUGGAUAAUCCACUUUUGUACAUCGCGUCUGUGUACGAAGCAUUUGAUGACGAACCUGGAAAAUUUGAGGAGUUUUUGAAGCUCGCUGGAGAUGCUACUACCGCUGCUUGUAAUAAAAACGACAAAGCUACUGCCAUUGUGAGUAUGGAUCAGCUCAUGAAAGGGCACGAGAAUUUGCUUCAGGGCUUAGGUGUCUUCUUUCCAAAUGCUCAUAGAGUGUCUCAUGCAACGACUUUCCUCGAUAACGUGAAGAAAGGGUUCGUCGAUGUGCAGGCAAGAUGCGAGAGGUCUGUGUAUGACUCAGUUCUCUCGGCACUGGUAAAACAUAAAAAUAGGAAGACGUCGUUAGAGAAGAUGCAACAGGAGAAAAACGAAUGCUUAGUGAUGGGGAUGGGGUGGGGUCUGAAUCUGUGUAACCACUUGAAGAAGCGGUCCAAAGGUGACGACCUCAUCCUCCUAGUCCUCGGAAGAGCUCUGAAUAGUGGCCGCACCACCACUCGAAGCUUAAGCCCAGCCUCACAUUGA